AUGAAAGGAAGAACAACUCGUUCUACAAUUGAUUAUUCACAUAUUAAAAUAGAUAAUUUACAAUAUAUUCCAUUGCCCAAAUCAACAAAUAAUCGAAGUAUGUCGACUUCACAAACUUCAAAUGUCUUAACAAAAGACGAAGGUAAAAGUACCGAAGAGACACUUGAUGCAAAUGUGGCUGAAGUGGACGGUCAUGUAGUAAAUGAUCAGUCUACACAGUCACAAUUGUCACAUCAAGAGGUUAUCGAAGGAAAACUACGAACGUUUCAAAAAUUUAAUGGAAAUGGUGAUGCUGAACAAUGGUUGAUGUAUUUGUUAGAUAAAUUCGAUUCAUUAGGAGUGAACAUGGCCGAACGUAUUAUAUGGAUACCUAAUGUAUUAUCGAUGAAGCAUUUAUUUGGUCGUUCAAAACAAAAUGUUUCAAAAUGGUUACGUGAAGUGAAUCAAACAAUGCAUUUAUUAAAAUUGUCAGACACGGAAAAAUUGUUCUAUAUCCCGUCCUGUUUAGAAGCUGAUGCUAAAGAUUGGUUUUUUGAUAAUUAUCAUUUUGUUCCAUCGUGGUCAUUAUUUGUACAGAAAUUACUUGAUACUUUUGAAUCUUCUAGUAAAGCUAAUAUUGCUUUUAAUCGUUUACGUCAAUAUCAACAACGUUUACAUCAAGAUGUUCGACAGUAUUAUUUUGAACUUAUGAAAUUAUGUAAAGAAGCAAAUCCAUUAAUGGAUGAAUCAUCUAAACUUCAAUACUUGAAAGAUGGUUUAAAGUCCUCAUUACGAUUUGAUAUUCUUCUAAAAAAUCCAACAACAACGGAUGAAUUUUUAAAAUAUGCACAAAAAAUUGAAGAAUUAAGAUCCCUUGAUGAACAACAAGGAAUGAUGGAACAAUCUUCACAACAACAACCAAAUUUAAUUACUACAUCUGCUCGAUCUUCAAAUUCACCAACAAAUUAUGCACGUACAUCACAAACUAACAACAAGACAACAACAACAACAACACGGAACAAUUUAUCAAAUCAACAUCGUCAAAAUAAUCGUACACCAAAACCACCAUAUCGAUGUUAUAGAUGUGAUGGAUCAUCGAUUGAUGGUGAUGCUCCUACUCGUUUAUUAAAUCCAUCACCAAUUUUCAUCCUUGCAAAAGUUAAUCAAGUUAUUACAAAAAUUAUGUUUGAUACUGGUUCAGCUAAAUCUUUUAUCAAAAAAUCUAUUCUCGAACAAACAAAUCAUGUUAAUAUACAAUUUAAACAACAAUCAUAUUUAAUGGCUGAUGGCAGUUCAACAUUUAAUAUUCUCGGUACAACAGAAAUAUUUAUCGAAUUUGAGAAAUCAUGUACUAGUAUUAUUGCUGGCGUUGUUGAUACAUUAUGUGUCGAUUGUUUAUUAGGAAUGGAUUACAUCAAUAAAUAUUAUGUAAAUCUCAACAACAAAGAAAAACAAGUUCAAAUCCAUAUUCAAGAUAUUAUUGUUGAUCUUCCAAUGGAAAAUACAAUGAAGACUAUUAAUGUACCUGGUCGAGCAAAUGCAUUCACGUAUUUUC